UUCAUCUAUAAUCAAGGGGUUUAUUCAUUAUUCUUAAAACCCAACAAGAAAGGGGAAAAACUGCAAAAUGGAAAAGAUAUUCUCUACACUCCCUCUUGUGUUCUUCUUAUUCUUCUUUCAGUGCACUCCUGCGCUUUCGCAGAGUCCGGCUCCGGCUCCAACACCUCCGGUGCGGGCUCCUGCACCUCCAACGCCAGCUCCUGUACCUCCAACGCCUGCUCUUGUACCUACAGCACAGGUUCCUGCACUUUCCGGUCCCUCCAACAUCAUUGCUAUUCUUCUAAAGGCCAGGCAAUAUACGACAUUUAUUCGACUCCUAAAAAGCACCCAAGUGGCUGAUCAACUAAAUUCACAGAUUGACAAUUCAAACCAAGGUCUUACAGUAUUUGCUCCAACUGAUUCUGCAUUCAGUAACCUCAAAACAGGAAUGUUAAACUCUCUGACCGAUGAACAGAAAAUCCAGCUGAUCCAAUUCCACGUCAUAUCUUCAUUUUUCUCUGUCUCCAAAUUCCAAACUGCAAGCAAUCCACUAAAAACAGAAGCUGGUAGUGAAGAACAAUUUCCACUCAAUGUCACUGCAACUGGGAAUCAGGUGAACAUAACGACUGAUAUGGUUAAUGCAACAGUGGCAAGUACAGUAUAUACCGACAAGCAGCUAGCCAUAUAUGAGGUUGAUAAAGUACUCCUUCCGCAGGGUCUAUUUGCACCUCCACCGCCAGCUCCUGCACCACUGAAACCCAAAAAACUCCCGGCUUCAAAUUCUCCCCCCUCUGAUGAUACUACUACUCCUUCUGCCGAUACUUCUGAUGGAAUUCAUCUGUCCCGACAUGAAUUGUGUUCAAUAUCCAACAUCGUCCUUGUUUUGGCAGUAUUCGUCUUGAGUGUGUGAACAGUAUGUGCUAAUGGAGUUCUUUGUAUCCCUGCUUGUAUUAUCUUUGCCGAAUUAAAUUCUCUCACGUGUUUCGUCAUUA